UAAAGGAGAAAGAUGAGACAGAAAAUGCUCAAAUAAAAAAAGGGUUAAAAAAGAUAACAUAAAGCAAAUGUUUUUAUGGAAGUUUAAAAGAAGAGGUCAAGCCUCAAAGAUCUCAAAACACCCUCUCACUUUCUCUCACUCAGGGAGUGUGGUGGUGUUGCUUUUUGUGUUUGUGUUUGUGUGACACAACAACCCUUUCUUUCUUUCUUUCUUUCUUUCUUUCUUUCUUUUCUUUCACUCACACAUCUAUUCUAUCUUUAUCUUCAUGUUUUCUUAGAAAGAAACAAUGAAAACGAAGCUUCUUCUUUUGCUUCUCAUGCUCCACAAACCCAUUUGGACUCUUGCUUCUCCAUACCCUUUUGCUUCCUCACCUCAAGUUCCACUCUUUUCUCCAUUUCCCAAUUCAAUGUCUGCUUCCUCUCCAGGAAUUGUGAUGGGGGCUGAACAGCGGCAAAUGGAUUCGCACAAGAAAAUGGUAAUUGCCAUUGCCAUAGCCAGCACUUCACUUGGUGCAGUCAUUUUGAGUGUGUUGUGCAUCUGGAUUUAUCAUACCAAGUAUCCUUCAAAAUCCAAAGGGAAAAACGUUCAAAGAUCAGAUGCUGAGAAAGGGCCAGCUUCAGCACCAACUCUGAGUAAAUUCAGCUCUAUAAAGCUGGUUGGUACGAAAGGGUGUGUUCCAAUAAUUGAUUAUAAGCAAAUAGAAAAAGCAACCGGCAAUUACAAGGAAAGUAACAUCUUAGGUGAGGGAGGUUUUGGAUGUGUUUACAAAGCACAUUUGGAUGAUAAUUUGGAAGUUGCCGUUAAGAAAUUGCACUGUGAAAAUCCGUGUGCUGAGCAAGAAUUUGAGAACGAGGUGGAAUUAUUAAGUAAAAUUCAACAUCCAAAUGUAAUUUCUCUGCUGGGAUGUAGCAGUAAUGAAGCUACAAGGAUUAUUGUCUAUGAAUUGAUGCACAAUGGAUCAUUGGAAACACAAUUACAUGGACCUUCUCAUGGCUCAGCAUUGACUUGGCAUUUGAGGAUGAAGAUUGCUCUUGACACAGCAAGGGGAUUAAAAUAUCUGCAUGAACACUGUUAUCCUGCAGUGAUCCAUAGAGAUCUGAAAUCUUCUAAUAUUCUUUUAGAUGCAAAGUUCAAUGCUAAGCUUUCUGAUUUUGGCCUUGCCAUAACCAAUGGGACCCAAAACAAGAAUAAUAUCAAGCUUUCAGGCACGUUGGGUUACGUAGCCCCGGAGUAUCUUUUAGAUGGUAAAUUGACUGAUAAAAGUGAUGUAUAUGCUUUUGGAGUUGUUCUGCUGGAGCUUCUCUUGGGAAAGAAGCCUGUGGAAAAACUAGCACCAGCUCAAUGCCAAUCCAUUGUCACAUGGGCCAUGCCACAGCUCACAGACAGAUCUAAGCUUCCAAACAUCGUGGAUCCUGUAAUUAAGGAUACAAUGGACCCCAAACACUUGUACCAGGUUGCUGCAGUGGCCGUGCUGUGCGUGCAACCAGAGCCAAGUUACCGUCCCCUAAUUGCAGAUGUUCUCCACUCACUCAUUCCUCUUGUCCCUGUAGAGCUUGGAGGAACACUUAAAGUAGCACAGCUGCCACAGCAAGUAUUACCUGCUAACCCACAUGAGGAUUCUAGUCCAUGAUCAGUUUGAGACAGCAUCACUCACUCAUAAUCCUUCAAUGACAUGUUUUGUGAUUCUCUACCCAAAUAGUGAGGCUUCAUCAAGGCUUGAUAUUACAGAAAGAUCCAUGACAACUACACUCAUUUUGUAAUAAACCCAGCCCGGGAGUGUGACUGCAGAUAGAUUGAGGAAAAGAGCAGGCCUAAAUAGUGUAUGAGAGCAUUGGAUUGUUAAUGAUAAAUGCCAGCAAAUUGGUUUCA